AUGUCUUGUAGUUGUAUUGAACACGUAGAAGUGAAACAUGUGCGUUCCGUAAUUGCGAAGGUAUGGUUUGGAUCUACUGCUUCACCAGGCGAUUCAUCUCUGUUUCGUUGUGUACUCUGUGAGGAGCGUCAACAGUUUUCAUCGUCCAAAAAAACUACUUUCCCGCUUUUACGUAGUCGUCAUAAAACAAAAACGGGAGCUGAAUCCAGUGGUGAAAUGUCUGGAGACGAUGUUUUUCUAUGCCUUACUUGUGGUUCUUUCUUUUGCCUCGAUCACACAAAGGGUCACUAUGAAAAUGAAAGAAAAAAGUGUACGGAUAGCAUUGACAAUAAUGGGCGAAACCAUUCUGUUUUUUUCGGAGUCCCCAGUUGUGAGUAUACAAACUGCAAGCGACACCCUGGGGGAAAGAUAAAAUCCAUAUUUCCUACUUUUGGAGAGCAAAGAAUAAAAGAAUUACGUGAGGGGAAACCUUUUGAUUUGGAGAGGGAACGAGCUAUUGUUCCUUUAAUAUCAAAUGAUUCGCCGAAUGAUUGGAUCUUUUUUAUUUGGUGUGUAUGUAUCGGUAAACCAUUUGGGUUUCGAAUAUCUAAUAACACAGAAUCUGAUAGACUCCUUGAGCACGUAAAAGAAUUGGGUUUUUUAAUUGCAAAAUGUUGUUUUCUUUACCAAAAAGGUAUUCGUUUGGACUUUUCUGUAGAUGAAUCUGGAUCAAAUCGACUUUCAAAGGAAUCAGAGGAUAGCUCUUCGCAAACACGCUCUGGUGGGGAUUCUCAAUCUGUACAUGGAAAGACAACAGAUGGAGAAUCACAAACAGUAUCUAACCCUUCUAUAAAGGGGUCUUCUCUUAAAGUGCGGAACACAAAAAUAGAUCCAAAAUGUUCUGUAUAUUCACGUGUAGCAGGUAUUAAAAACCCAUUAAAUACUUGUUACUUUAACGCCGUUCUUCAGUGUGUCCUUAAAUGCCAAUUUUUUACACGUCGUUUACUCUCUAUUGAAGAAUCAUCAUUACCUGGUCCACUUAGCCGUAGUUUGUGUAAUAUGAUGCGUUAUAUGAAUGGAGAGGGUGAAGGAGAUACGUAUCCACGAGAUGUUUAUCCCUAUGCACAAGCAGUGUUACGGUCUUUAUGUGAUAUUUCUCCUAUAUUUUCAAAAGAUGAACAGCAAGACUGUCAAGAGCUCUUUUUAUGUUUGGCAAAUGGAGUGGCAGAUGAAUUUGAUGAGGGUAAAUCUGAAGAGCAAAAAAAGAAAGAACCACGUAUAUCCUUUGAGGGGGUUAUGCGAACAGAGGUGACUUGUAAACAGUGCAAGAAACACAUCCCUCGUGAGGAAAUGUUUAUGGCUUUAUCAGUCCCUGUUGAAGAUUCCAUUGAGAGCGGUCUACGUAGACUUUUUCAACCAGUGGAAUUAAAAGGAAAAGACCAAUACGCAUGUGAGGAAUGUUUUAAAAGACUUUCUAAAGAUGAACAAAUGUCACAUAAUGCUACUGUUAAAGCAGAAAAUGAUAAAAAGGCGAAGGAGAAAUCAAAGAAAAAAACAACAUCAGAAGAGAAACGUAGUCUCAACUGUGUCUAUUCAGAUGCACGUGUGGAAACAUGUAUUAGCCGUCUGGGCGGCACAAUGGUUCUUCAUUUGCUGCGCUUUCAUUUUGAUGGUCGAGAUUUUCAAAAGAUAACACGAAAUGUCUCAUUUCGAAUGUCGCUUGAUCUCUCACCUUAUGUUUCUAAACAAGUUCUUCAAGAGUAUGAACGGCGGCGUGCUCUUUCUGUUCUUCAGGCACGUUUCUCACAUCUGCGCUAUGAUGUUCUUGUUCAUUUUCUUGAUUGUGCAAACAAUGAUCUCGCUGAAGCUGAGCGUCUGCUCGCAGACGAAGAGAAAAAAGGACAUAUCAAUACCGGAGACUAUAGUCUCUCAGAUGUUCAGGACUCUACAGACACUACAAAACUUAAUUCAGUGGAUAAUAACAAGAAUACUUCUGUAAAUGGUGAUGGUGACUAUAAUACGAGUCUUACUGGAAGCAAAAUGUCAGGUUCAAAUCAUGAGGAUGUACCGUGCAGUCCAAAAAAGAAAAGAGAAUAUCAACCUUCAUUGGAGAGAAGUCUUGUAGGUAUUGUGACACACCGAGGAUCAUUACAUGGUGGACAUUAUGUUGCAUAUGUGCGGGAUGUUGGUAAUUCAAAUAAGUGGUUUCGCUGUGAUGAUGAUGAAGUGGAGAUUGUAGAAGAAGAACAAGUCUUGAAAUGUCAAUCAGAGGUGUAUAUGUUGUUUUACGAGUAA